UUUGUCGGUGGUAGGCGGGUUAAGGCGGUAGUGUUUUUGUUAAUUUAAAUUGUGUUACAUGUGCCCACUAACUCUUCUGUGAUUUUAUGUUAGUUGGUUCGAUGUAAGAUAAUACACUGAAUAUUGAAUAAUCAAUUAAAUCAACAAUUUAAACAAUAAUAAUUAGCGAACAUGACGCGCCUGGACCUGGUGAUAUUCGGCGCGACGGGGUUCACGGGCAAACACGCGGUGGUGGAGAUGGCCCGCAUGUCCAGCAAGUACCAGCUGUCGUGGGCCAUCGCCGGCAGGUCGCAGAGCAAACUGGAGGACGUGCUGAGGGACGCCCGGCGGAUCAUUGGCGAAGAAAUAUCCUGCGCGAAGAUUAUAAUCGCCGACGUUAAGGACGCGCAGUCGCUCAGGGACAUGUGCUCGCAGGCGCGCGUGGUCGUCAGCUGCUGCGGCCCGUACCGGUUCUACGGCGAGCCGGUCGUGCGCGCGGCCAUCGACGCGCAAACGCACUACGUGGACGUGUCGGGGGAGCCGCAGUUCAUAGAAACAAUGCAACUGAAGUACGACGCGCAGGCGCGCGAGGCGGGCGUCUUCGUCAUCAGCGCGUGCGGCUUCGACAGCAUCCCCAACGACCUGGGCGUCGUCUUCCUGGAGCAGAACUUCGAGGGUACUCUAAAUUCUGUGGAAUCCUAUCUGAGUGCCUCGGGCCCCAAAGGUUCCGGAGCUAUUAACUACGGCACCUGGGAGUCGCUUAUUUACGGGAUAACAUAUUUGGGCGAAUUGCCAGAACUGAGGAAAAAGAUCUAUCCGGAACCAAUGCCGGAGUGUGAACCGAAACUGAAGCGGCGAUGGUGCUUGCACCGGCGGCUGGGCGGCUGGUGCGUGCCGUUCCCGGGCGCGGACGCGUCCGUGCUGCACCGCUCGCAGCGCGCGCGGCGCGGCGCGGACCCGCGGCACCGGCCGCUGCGCGUGCGCACCUACGUGCGGCUGCCCGCGCUGCUGCACGCGCUCGCGCUGCUGCUCGCCGCGCUCAUCCUCUACGUCAUGACCAGGUCCCGCUGCACCCGCUGGCUGCUGCUGAAGUACCCUCGCCUGUUCUCGCUGGGCUACAUCACGGCGGAGGGCCCCAGCGAGGAGGUCAUAUGCAACACUACGUUUAGCUUCCACCUGCUGGGCGAGGGCUGGGGCCCCGGGACUUCCUUGGACGCGGCCCCGGAUAAACAGCUCGCUGUGAGGGUGUCGGGAGUGAACCCCGGGUACGGCGCCACCGUGGUGGCGCUGCUGCUCUCCGCCGUCACCAUCCUCUCCGAGCGGGACCGCAUGCCGCCGCUCGGGGGCGUGGUCACCGCCGGAUUUGCGUUUAGAAACACAAACAUCAUAAAACAUCUGCAAGAACACAAUCUCAAAUUUGAAAUCGUUUCUGUAGAUUUUUAAGAUAUUUACCCACUUAGUUGACUAAACCAAAUAAUUAAUGAUAGAGCAAGAUAGCUAUAUCGAACCUCUCUAUUUAUGGCUGUUUCAUGUUGUUUUUGAGAUAAAUGUAUAUUUGUUAAUUUAAUCCCAGUUAUCUAUGGUACAGUGAUUAGAUCCUAUACCAUGUUUCAUCUCCUUCACACGUAUUGUAUUUGCUACAGGUGCGAAAAGCACAAGUUAAGUCCUUCUCUUCUCUUCUUCUCUUUUUUAGUGUUUCUAUUUUUGUAUUAAUUCUUAAUUUAUUUGUGAAUGAAGAGUCUAGAUAUUAAAAUUUUUGAAAAUAAACUUAUUUAACAAUUGACAUUAAAACUAAGAUACUCCAACACCACAAAAAAUUAAAGUUAUUUCAACAAACAAUUUAGAGUUUUUAUCGAUGAAUCAACGGACAGUGCCUUUAAUAUGAUAUAUGUAUAGAUGCUUAAUUAGAAAAAGUGUAUUUUUCUACUGUUACUGUAUUCCUGCGCGUGCGCAUUCCUUUAACGCUUUACUACGCAUUUAUUUUCGCUUUUUACGAAUACUCUUCAAACUGUUUUAUUGUAUGUAAUGUUCUGUAAGUAAUAACAUGUAAUAAACUAUCGGUUUGAUAAUAAAUGUUUUGAUAAAA